ACUUGGGUUUCCUUCCCAUCUCUUCACUAGACCCUCCGCAAUGUUGCGACACCUUCAACGUCGAUUUUCACGCAGGGGGAGAAGCUGUCGAGCUGCUAGGGGUAGCGGAGAAAGUGAUGGAACACCCCCCUCGGAGCCGACACUGGCCGCAGACACCCCCAUCCUCGCGUCGUAUGAGAGUAGAUCGGCUUCCGAGGACGACCUAUGCGACUCAGAUCACAAAACAACCCCUAUGGAGACAUGCGCAUCUUCCCUCGAGAUUUUGGCGGCGUCGAUGCCAAUUCCAUAUCCUUACCCAAACCAUCCAACGUUGAAGAGUGAUUCGGAGCCGUCACUGAGCCGUCUCGUUCCGAUAGCACCUCAACUGGAUCGCGGUCCGCUCUUCUCAAGGGCUGAACGCGUGCUAGAUGGGCAAGGAGAACGUAUUGACGAUCUCCAGCCGAGCAGUGAUACGAUCUCGGAUACCACCGCUGCGGUUCAGAUGCUACAGAAGGGCAUUAAGACUUUUAUGGACGACUAUCAUUGGUUCAUGAAAGCUCUGGACGAGGUCGCUAAGAUCCAUCCGUUUGUGGCCGCGGCGAUCUUGGCCUUUAAGGCAGUAUACAGUAUGGAAAGGACACGUCAAGAGAACGACAAAAGAAUCAUCGCGCUAUACGUCGCAAUGAAGGACAUGAUCAGGGUCUUGGUACAGUUAAGAACCAUCGAAGAUCCUCACCAUUUAGGACCAGACGGUGUCACUAUAGAAGGCCGACUGCAAUCUCUCGUGAGGCAAGCAGCGGAAGAUAUUAAGGACUGCGCAAAUGCCUGCGAUACUUACUCGAAAAAAAGGCUGCUAGUGAAGGUACUCAAAGGUCCGAUCUGGGAGGCACGGCUUGCCGAGCACGUCGCCCGCUUCCACCAGUUGAAGAAGGAGCUGAAGUUUGCGCUGUCGAUCCAUACCGCCACAACGACAGAAGGAAUGAAGCUCACCUUGAACGCUCAAAAUGACAAUCUCGUAGUUCUUGUCAGCCUUCUGCAGAGCGCGCUGCACGAGCUGAAGUCACCGGAGGAGAUUCUCAUGGAGGCCAAAGUUGACGAACGAGGCGGUCCGCUAUCAGUACAACACAAUGACAGCGCGCUCCGCGAACUGCUCGAGUUCGACUAUAGCCUCGAGUCCUUGAGGAACAAGGGGAUCCGUCGCAUAUGGAGCGCACCCAAUCUUCAGCUUGAUGUAGAUGACGCGAAGCUUAGACCGGACAUGAGCGAGCGAACCAUGUUGAACUCCGCCGUCGUCCUCAAUGACGUCAAAGAUGGUCUUCAGGAAGAUUGGGAAACCGCUCUACAGAGAAAUAUGGUUGUCUUUCAACGAAAGUUCGCGCUUCAGCGACGCCUGCAAGAGGACCUCUCUGCUAUUAUCCACGAGGGUAACGAUCGUGUCAUACAGGAGCUGAGAACGGGGCCGCACGAUGGCAUCUACGACGAGGAGUUGAGAGAAUUGUGGAGAGAGAUGGGAUGGAAGACCAACGUACCCUCUAACAGGUUUGCCGUGACCCUCCGCGACCAUUUUCAGAAUAAAUCCAGGCACCACGGACCGUUUGAAGAAACAUCGAACUUGAGCAGAGACAGCUGGACCACCGAUUUCAUCGAACUUCUGUAUGUUCAGCGCAUUAAGGAGGCCUUUGACGAAGACGGCUCCGGCUACGUUACUGUCGCAGAGGUGAACAGGUUCACGGAGCAGCAGCCGAGAAUCUUGGGUUGGAGUCUGCGCCAUUGGCUCGCUUAUUGGACUAUCGGUUGGCACAUUUCAGCAACGUGGUAUCGAGACAAAAUACGCCGAAUCUUUGCACGCAUGUUCGUACUCAGGCGUCAUGUUCUUCCACGAAAUCGCUCCCUGGUGGACAAUUACCUGCAUCAGACAUGGACGGACAGUGCGAAGAUUGUGGAGUCACUGCAGCCGGCCGCCUCUAUCUUGCGCCACUUCGACCAUAAGUUUAUCGACUACCUCUCUUCGGAAGAGAGGAGAAUCAGGGAGAACCUGGAGGGCAUCAACUACAACCUUGAUGCGGUAGAGACCAUUGUGACUGUCGUAGGUUCUGGAAGAGUGGAAGGUCUGUUUAAUCUGGCUCAAGAGCAGGCAAUGUGCGAACACGUCUUCGCGGUGUCCGUGAAUAGCCUACUUCAUGUACAUCAAAUAUAUUCUCAGCGCUAUCAGCAAAUCUCAACACUACUUCUGCAUAGAGGCCUGGAUGUACCACAACAUAUCAAGAGAUUUUCAUGUGAACUAUUUGAAUACUAUCAUGAUGCGAUACCCAUGUGGAAAGCACUCCGUAUGCAGAUAGAUGUAGACGACGAAACCGUGGAUACGCACGACCCACCGCCUGCGACUGAGCUUCCUGGAUACCUUCCUUCAUGCCAACACGUCCACCAAUUACUGAUCCCACUGCCGCGCGUCUCUGGUGACUCGACUAGGGUUCAACCAAGGGAACAGGGCAUUCUAACUGAAACCGGAGACAUCUUUGGCCAGUGGAACGGAUUCGUAUACAGUCACACAGAGUACCCAAUCUUCCUCAUGACCUCAUUCCACGCACGCCCGAGUCAUUCGCAGGAGCACCAUUUCGAGGAUCACGGGACACAUUUCGGUGCUACGUAUCGCCUGCUGGGCCUUUGCUCGCAGACCCGCAACCAUCUGCGCGUCCAAUUCAGCAUACAUUACUCCCAAGAGUUUCGAUCUAAAUAUUUUUCCGGAUAUCUGAAAGACGAACAUACCAUCGUUGGGUCCGAAGGAUGGACAGAAGAUCCUAAGACUCAUCAAUAUCGCUUCAUUCUCAAGAGGAUCCCGGCAGAAGUGAUGUGCUGCCGCCCUUCACCCUCAGAAUUUCGGCAGAACCGAAUUGCAGCUUUGUGGAAGUACGCCCGCUCCGCGAUCAUCUAUCACGUCCGAAAGGAGAGUUGUUCUAAAACCUUCUUCGCCGAGCGGCGUGAAAUUCGCAGCACACUCAUCGAAUUCGACAUUCGCAACUACACUUCAUAUGGACGCCCGCUUGACCAGCGCGAGCGUCUUCUCUGGACGGCGAAACGGGGAGCUAUUACAGCUGAAGACGCAGCGUUCUAUCGUGCCAUGAGAGACGCACAACUCGCUCUCGUACCGAAGCAUCUCGGAGUGGAGUGCGCAGGCUGCACUUACCAGGUCAGAGGUGCACGGAUCAUUUGUUUGGACUGUCUCUCUCCCGAUGGUGAUUAUACAAAUACGGUCAACUUCUGCGACGAUAUGCGAUGUCGGUCAGCGAACAUCAAGCAGCAAAGAGCAGGAGCGAUUCUUCAUCACCCUUCUCACGAUGUUGUCAAGGUCCGGACCGUCCAACACCUCAGGGACAUGUAUGCUCUAGAAGAAGUUUCUCGAGCCGCACUUCUCUCAGCCAAGCACGUGCUGAAGCAUAGUUUUGCUCCGGGUUUCUCUGUGGACGAAGAGUCUCCCGUUAAUGGCAGCAUUGUGGAAGAAUAUACCCAAGCGAAGUCGAAAGCUCAAGGUCCUGCAAUUUCGCCGGUGCGCAAGACCUUGUCUGGGAAGAGUAAACGACCUGUGUCGCCUCAGCGGCGUCAGUCUCAUUCAACAGUCGCGUGUGGUGUCUGUGCCGCCGGCCUCGACUUGUUGAGCAGCUGCUGGUUCUGUGUAAACUGCUUUGAUGAAGACUGUCGAUUCUUCAUUUGCAACGAUUGUGAAGCUGGAAUGCUUCUACCAUGCGCAACGUGCAAUAAACCAUAUAAGCAGCUAUCGUGGUACCAUGGCUCUCGUCCAGGUGCGCAACCAUCCAUCACUUGCGAUGAGCCCUCCUUGACAAAUCGUUUUGAAGAGGAUUCCUUCGCAUGCAGUGCCUGCACUGCCCUCCGCGACGGCGCGCUUGUCUCUUCACGGUUUCCUCAUAGCUAUACGCAUGCUCUCGUGCAAUGCAAACCAGCCAUGCUUGGGAGUAGGGCAAGUUCGGUUGAUGACGCUGGCGCGUACACUUCAGAAACAGCUAUAUCUGAGCUGCGUCAACGCGUGCAGCAGCUGGACAAUAGGAUUGAGGGGUUAGAGGAGGGCCAAAGUCGGCUAGAGCACAUGGUUGGACAAAUUCUGUCAAAGCUGGCUGCGAUGUCCUCCUCCGUUCCAAGCUCAACAAGCUCCAAGGAUUUGUAGUAAUGCUUUCGCUAUUGAAUACGUUGUACAUGAAGAGCAAAUGGAUGAUAACGUAACACUAUUAUUUUAUAGAGAUUGCCGCGAUACAGAUCGCUAUACAGAUGUCAAUACGAACGAUGCAUGGGUUGUAUAAACGGGUGGGGUGGAGACAAUUGCAGCUCUAUGCACGGUUCAAAAAGCUGUAAGCGGAAUGGGUCCUGCUAGUCGCAGAACGAGACUGCGAGGGUCUUCCCGUGGCUUCUCAGAUUUUCUGGAUCUGGAUUGUCCAGCUCAGCCAUGCGCCGCGCAAUUCUGGUCUGGUCGCGGCCUAGGAGCCAGGUAAGCUCUAGCACACCCAGGCCGUUCACGUGAGGCCCGUGUCUGUUCGGCUUGGGCCAGGGUUGUCUGGUGAGAAUGAGCGCGAUGAAGAGCAUCAUCCCUGAGAUGCCGGUACCGAGCCAGGGCUGUACGAAGUUGUGAGUGUUGGAUAUGAUAGCUUGCACCUGAGCGGACGUACCUGCCAGUGUCUGAUCUUUAUUUUUGGUGUCUAAUCAGGCCGGGUGGAACUUAUCAGACCGGUUGCGCGGGACUCACCUGCAAAGAAUAUUGAACCUUCUCGGAUCCUCCCUGAGAUUGGUCACCAACAGAACGCACAGCAGCUGCCAC